AUGCGCAGGUUGCCCCCCGAAAUCCAGUCAUUAAUUAUCCAGGAACUGGAAGGAAAUCGGGACGUCCUUGUCAAUUGCGCGUUGGUGUGCAAGUCUUGGCACAAGCUCUGUCUUCCCGUGCUUUUUCGCGAACUUAUCAUCGUCGUGGACGAUUUACAAGCGUGCAGCAGCUUCUUGACCAGCUCCCCUCAUCUGCGCCCUUAUAUUCGCAAAGUUACAGUUGAAUGCGGUGGACCUCUCGACAAUCGUGACAUCCCUGAAGAAUGUAUCCUCAAAUCACUUCUUCUCGGGUUUCCACGCCUCGACGAAUUACUAUGCUCCUCUAUUCUCUUCGCGACACUCUCUUCCAUUCUUUCACAACUAUUCAUCACGAAACUUUACCUCAAGGAGGACUUAUACUCUCCCCGCGAUCUCCUACCCGUCCUCGAAGCAGUUGCGCCCACCGUCCGCUCUUUGACAUUGCAGGACUUCGAUUUUAGCGAUGUUACAGAUUUCGGCAUCAAGGAGGGCAGUGGCUCCAUAUUUAUGCCCGUACUCGAAGAACUUGCCAUCGUAUCUUGUGGAAACCUUCCACUUUCUUCAAAGUUCGUCCGGAUGCCGAAUUUGAAGACAUUAUACUGUGCGGGCGAGGACGUGUCUCUUGGUGACAACAUACCGUCACUGCUGAAUACACUUGUCGUGGCCGACGUAAACGUUGCAGGCGACUCAAAACGAUCAGAUCAUUUCAAGCCAUUUGUUGUUGACAAUCUUUGCAUCCGCUGGUGCGAUACGGAUAAACACGACCUCCUUGGCGCCGUCGAAUAUGCGGUCAACACAUUCACCAUCCCGUCAAAGAUCAAGCAUAUCGAGAUAUUGCCUUCCUAUCUCACUACCCUAUUCAGCGAGCGUGCUGAGUUGGACCAGCUUGAAGCCUAUGUCCUUGGUCUCCGUCGGAGCGGGUCCUUUGAUCGACUUACCAUUACGGUUGCGGAGGACUCCAAUCUUGGCAAUGAACCAAUCGACGAUAGGCUGCCUAACCUAAGCAACCUCGGGUUACUUGAUAUGCGGAUUGGAUGUCCCUCAGUUCUAUACCCCCGCUGCACCAUGACAUGUGAGGAUUGGGAGUGGAUGUGA